AUGGACUGUAGAUUGAGUGCAAAGGUUAUAGUUUUUGUUCUUGCUGCUUUCGUCAUCACUCCGUGUGUACCCCAGACGCCGGCCACCAUACCCAAAUGUGUGGAAGACUUCACCAACGCUUUGGCUGAAUGCGCCAAGGCUUCCGGCAUUUCCACCGGCAACUUUGCUUAUUUCGUCACCAACGGAACCAGUUCAAAGUCUGAGGCUCCUGCCAAUCAGGAGACUUUUAAGACCCAGAUAUGUGGAGUGGAGCAGCAGAUCUACGCAUGCGUGAUGCAGAAACUGGUGCCAAUCGUCAACACGACUUCCUGUAUUGGCACCUCAGCCAGCACCAGUCACGUGGAGACCAUCAGACGAGAGGUCACCAACAUUUUCACGACCUAUGACGUCAAGUGCAUGCAUCCUUGCAGGAACACGCUCCUGAAUGACAUGCGACAGUGCUACACAGCCAACGACGUCGACGGCAAACUCUUCAUGUCUAACACGACCAACGGCGCCGUCAUCGGCAGCACGGAGGAGCAGGCCAAUAAAUUCUGCAGUGUAAAAGACAAAUUGAUGGACUGUUUGAAGAGUAAAGCCGAGGCUUGUCCAGAAUCGGCUGCCAUCCUCAGGACAGUGGACAUUGACCUUCCAGCCUUCACCAACGGCGUCAAAAUUCUAUGUGCUAACACUAAAGUUUACGUCACCGGCCUUUCUUGCUUCGCGGAGACAACUAGUGACGUGGACAUCUGCAAACAGAAACAGCAACAGGCCUUGAUCCAGUUAGCCAUGCAGGCACAGAACGGCAACUGGACUCAGGACAGAUACUACACUAUGUACUGCGAACUAUCCUACACCAACAUCGCCUGUGACGUGGCUGCCUGGGCUAGAAAAAACCACGAGUCCUGUACGGCUUCGGUCAUCGGCCUUCGUCGGGAACUGGAGUGUGACCUACUUCCUCAGCAGUGCAAGUCCAACACUAAACUGGUAGAGGGAGAGGACAGCCCCUGUAGCAGUAGCAAAAGAUCAGCCGCCUUCACCAGAAACACUUCCCAGAGGGUGUGGGCCAGUACAGCUAUCAUGUCCGCCGUUCUUGUUGCCCUGCUGAUCGUCUAA